CAAACAGUGAAAAAAUAUAAACAAACUGUGUUGUAGCAAAAUGGUAAAAAACGAGCCAAAUUUUGUCGUUGAACGGAUUGUGGAUAAGCGUAUCACUGCAGAUGGCAAGGUGGAGUACUUCAUUAAGUGGCGCGGCUAUCCUUCCGGGGACAAUACCUGGGAACCCGAGGAAAACUGUGAUUGUCCAGCUCUCAUACAAAGAUUUGAGGAGUCUCGGGCAAAAUCCAAGAAACGCGGAGAAAAGAAACCAAAAUGCGAGGAAAUACAAAAGCAACGCGGCUAUGAGCGCGGCUUGGAACUCGCGGAGAUAAUGGGCGCAACGGACGUAACCGGAGAAAUAAAGUACCUUGUCAGAUGGAAAUAUUGCGAUGAGUUCGAUUUGGUGUCCACCAAACAAGUGUCCGAAAAGGAUCCGCAGAUGCUAAUCGAAUACUAUCAAAAGAUGGCACCAUACAAUGGCCACAUCGAUAAACGUAUGCAAGGCGUCCCAGAAGAAUUGCGUGCGAUUGCUGCCCAAACUGGAUAUGCCAUUAGUGGAUCGGCCACAGACGCAGUGGAGCCUUCCAUCUGCAGCGUCGAUGAUGAUCAAAUGCAGGUGACGGAACCAAAGCCAGCGCCUAUGGAAUUGCCAGUGCAACAGGAUGAUACGGUUGAUGAUGAGAUGAACAAUGUGGGCGUUUCCUAUUCUCUGCCCGUACCGGGUGUCGGUAACAUUGCCAUCGAUGUGCCAAUGGUGGAAAACUAGGCGCCACUUAUAAACAUUUUCAAAAUUUAUCUAACUAGACUUUAACAUACUUUGUAACUAAAUACAAUAAACAUAAUUUCAUUUUGCUAAGUACAA